ACUCAUCGUCUGAACACCUCUACUCUGCCGAUCAUAGACAGUUUCGGAUGUCGCGCUCGGCCUUUGCCAUGACUAAAGACUCGCUUCUUCUCAAGUUCACACCACAACUCCCACAAUCGAUCCUUAGCGAUUCUCAACCGACCGUCUGCCGCUCUCUGCGGUUUUUAAACGUCUUCGCGUCGUGAAGUUGAACUUGACUGGCCACCGCUUUCCCGGGGGCACGCUCAACAUCCCGACGACAUCUUGGCCAUGAACGUGCCCGCGCUCGCGCUCCUCGCAAUCCCGCUACUGCUUGUUCUCUAUGUCUGGUUGAACGACGCGAAGUUGGAGCAGUUGCCCACAGAAGCUGCUCGUAUCUCGCCCGAACGGUGGACGAAGGAGAAGAUAGAGUUAUGCUAUGCGGGCCUGAAAGACGGGCCAAUCUCUGUACUGGAUGAGAAGCUUCCACCAAGGACUGGCAGAAGGUAUAUUGUAGUUGGAGGAGCCGGCUUCCUGGGUGGAUGGAUCGUUCUCCACCUCUUGCAGCGUGGCGAGGAUCCGCGCAGAAUUCGAGUCCUAGACAUCCGGCUCCCUGUCCGCCAGGAUCUCCAAGAAGGCCGGGCCAGAGAGGUAGAUUUCAUAAAGGUCGACGUCUCAGACCGCGACGCCGUCUUCAAGGCAUUCAACAAGCGUUGGCCAAAGGUUGCAUCCGACAUACCCGGCGCCCCGGACCCUGAGGUCACGGUCUUCCACACUGCGUCGGUCAUCCGUUUCUUCGAGCGACACCCCGAUCUCCUGUACCUCUCUGAAAACGUUAACGUACACGGAACGCAGAACAUCCUUGACGCUGCACGUGACGUCGGCGUGCGCAUUAUAAUCUACACGUCCUCCGGCUCAGUCGGCGUACGCCGCAGCUGCUUUUGGCUGCUCCCCUGGCAAAAAGAGCCGAAACACUUCACUCAGGUCAUUAAUGACGACGACUCAAACCUGCCAAAGCGACACGACCAGUUCUUCUCCAACUAUGCGGUAUCGAAACUCGCGGCCGAACGCCGCGUGCGCGCUGCGGACCGCUCAGAGUCGAACGACGGCAAGGUUUUGCGCACGGGCUGCAUCCGCCCAGGCAAUGGCGUUUUCGGCCCUGGUGGAGAUUUGCUCGUCGGUGCAUAUAUGGUUAGGAAGUACAAUCCGACGUGGCUCCAUGCUAUCAUGCAAUCCUACACCUACGUCGAAAACUGCUCCCUGGCGCACCUUCUGUACGAGCAGCGGCUCAUAGAGCUCGAGAACGGUAGCACGCAUCCGGACAUUGGUGGCGACGCCUUCUGUAUUGCUGAUAUGGGGCCGCCGCCUACGUCCGGGGACAUCCACUUUGCGACCGAAGUGCUCAGCGGUGGCAAGGUCAGGUAUCACAACCUGUCGCCUACAGCAAUGCUCGGCGUAGCGCAGCUCGUGGAGUUAUACUACCUGGGCCGCCGGUUCCUUAUUAAAUCCCGCUUUGCGUUUCUCGGCAGCCUCCUCCCGCAGCUAUUGGGCGAAAUCGUCUUCUUGCAGCCGUCGAUGUUCGCACUAACCAACGUCCAUCUGUAUUUUGACGAUUCUCGCGCACGUGCACCGCCAGAGAAGGGCGGGCUUGGGUAUACAAAUCAUUAUACGACUCUCGAGGGGGUCUGCCGAGUUGUCGCCGAUCACUACAGGACUGGUGGCCAGGGUACGACACGGGCCAUCGCUGGACAUGUCGAGACAAGCCAAUCGCCCCUCGUGGGCGCAGAGCUUGCUAUCGGGACUGCGAUGGAGAAGAUUGGCGAUCCAUUCGAUGCAAGAAAGGCGUUAAAUUAAGAGGUUCAUUUUAUUUAUUUAUCAAUUCAUGUCACAUGUUGGUGAACCACGUCUUCUCUUUCGUUCGUCAGCAAAUGCGCUUACCAUGUACUUCAGCAAUUAUUUCUUUGUACUUUCAAUGAACAUAGUGUAUAUCCGCAUAGCGCAUUGUAUAUCUCGUAUGGAACAUCAUUCUAGCCUGACC